GGACCACUUAGUGAUAUAAAAGCUAAGAUGAUUAACUUCAAAAUCAUCAGUUACUUUAAUCACUUCAAUUAGUUAACUUAUUAAGUGAUAAUUGUUAAGGAUUUAAUUUUUUAAGGGAAUAUUUAAAAAUGUUUUUGAUUAACUUGUUCCUGCUUUUUAUUACAACUACUGCCUUUUCUUUACCAAAUGACGUUAAAAUAUGCAGAUUUGAUGAUCAUGACUGUCUCUUAGCAUCUGCAAACUACGUUUUAAAACAUUUUUCUAAUGGAAAUCCAGAUUUAGCUUUAGAACCAAUUGAUCCGUUAAAUAUAGACGCAAUGACAGUUGACCAGAACUCAGGACCUGUUAAAAUUCUCGUAAAACUUAACAAUUUUGAUAUUUUGGGAUUUUCUGGAGCUGAAAUUUACAAGCUUUCUGGAUUUGAAAAUGAUUUGAUUGAUCUUCACAUGAAAUUGCCAUUUGCUACACUUGCUGGACCUUACAAUAUUAAUGGAAAUAUACUGAUUUUGCCAGUAAAUGGAGUUGGGAAAAUGAGACUGCACUUUAAAAACUUUGACAUAAAAAUGAAGCUUCCAGUUGUAAAAGAGAUCAGAGACGGAAAUUUUUUUAUGAAGAUCGAAAAACCGGAAAUGACCUUCGAUAUAACUGGCGGUGACGUCAGUUUUUCUCAUUUGGGUAGCUUUGCCAAUGGAUUCUUGAACUCAAACUUCAACAGAAUCAUUAGCUUAAUAAAGCCAGCAAUUAGUAAAUCGUUAGUGGAAAAGUUAACACAUAGAAUCAAUUCAGUGUUUUCUACAAUGUCAUACAACGAAUUAUUCGCAGCCUAACUGUACAUGCGUAAUACAACUUAUUUACUAUAUAUUUAAGUACUUUUAAGUAAAUCUAGUUUUUGAAUAUUCACAACAGAUCUUCCUUAAAUAUAAUUUAAUUGCUCGAUAAUUUGACGAAGAUUAAGUAAGAUCAAUAAUUAUUGAUUCUAGAUAUUAUACAGACUAUCAAUUAUAAUUUAAGCAAUAAUUUAAAAAAAACGAUAUUAAU